AUGGCGACUUCAGCAGAAGGAGGCGGGGUGGAGGGUGUGACGUGGCAGUGGGCGGAUCUGGUGAUUGCGGCGGAAGAGGAGAGGUUCGAACCGGUUCUGGACGGAGUGGAUGAUGCGCCGGUGGAUGCACAGCCGGUGUGGUCAUUGGUUGGCCGAUUCUUGACACGCAAGCUAGUCAAGUUGGAAUUCAUGCGAGAGGUCCUAGCCUUGGUUUGGCAAUCGGUACAGGGGGUCCAAGUAACAGAAAUCCAACCACGGCUGUUCCUAUUUGUUUUCUUCCAUAAAACAGACAUGGAACGUAUUUUGAAUGAUGGACCAUGGGCGUAUGAGAAUGCAACCCUAGUUUGUAGACAAGUGGUUGAUGGUAUGAGGCCAGAGGAUGUGGUACUGGAUACGGUUGAUAUGUGGGUGCAGGUGCAUGGGUUACCAAUGGGACAUACAUCAGAAAAAAUAUUAGAGCAGGUUGGUAAUUAUCUUGGCGGUUUUGUUAAGUUUGAUGACCGACUUCUGAAUGUGCCAUGGAAGGCUUUCUAUCGCAUUCGGGUGGCUAUUCCUGUGGACAAACCGAUUAAGAGGCGCAUGAAUUUUGUGAAACGAGAUAAGUCUACAUGCUGGGUCUCGUUUAAGUAUGAGCGUUUACACAAUUUUUGCUUCUAUUGUGGGUGA